AUUAUGUCGGAACUAUCAAAAUUUAAGAACAAGUGUGUAUUUUUUUAUAUUCAAGAAUACGAUGUGAAAGCUGCUUUAUACGGUAACGGCGCAUUGAAUAACUCAACUAAUAGUGACAUUCUCAACUCGUUACAACAGUUCAUUUCUAAAAGUAACCGCUUCAGGAUGUACAAGAAGGCUGUGGAGAAGUUUGUGGCAUUAAAAAUAUUCAGUCUCAUCCGUGACGACGAUGCCGUGGAUCAGAUACACCACAGGAUGAUGGUCAUCGUUCUGGUCCUUAUGACAGUCUUCUUUAGCGCUAAAACAAAAUGGGGCUCCAUCGACUGUUGGGUUCCAAAAGAGUACAACGAAGAAAAUUUCAAACCCUACAUCCACCAGUACUGUUGGAUCAGCAACAUGUACAACGUGCCGUUCAGUGAAUAUCUCCCCGAGGACGUUGACGAGAGAAUGUCAGGGGACAGGAGUCUCCGAUUUUAUCGCUGGGUAUUUCUGGUGUUCCUUAUGCAAGCGCUCAUGUUCAAAUUUCCCAAUUUCAUUUGGAGAUCCUUCAACACUUUUUCUGGCAUCAACAUAAAAAAGGUCGUGGAACUGGCCCUCAAGUCCCAGCUGGAGGGAGAAGAAGAUAGGGAGAUGAACACGAGAUACACAGUAGAAUAUAUCCACAGAUGGUUGAAGUCAUACAGGCACUUUGAUUCCAGUCCUCUCGCAAGAUUUCAGUCUAUGCUCUUCAGCGUUGCCUUCUGUUUGGGGAAGCGUUCGGGACGCUUCCUGACAAGGCUCUACCUAUUUGUCAAGGUCCUCUACCUCCUCAAUGUAUUAGUACAGUUCCAGAUCCUAUCGGCCUUCCUUGGUUUCAACUUCUGGGGUUACGGUGCCGAAGUUGUGAGGAUGUUACAGGCUGGCGCACCAAUGAAGGACUUGGAUAACUUCCCACGGGUUGGUAUGUGUGACUUUGAAAUCCGCCAGCUCCAAAACAUCCAACGCCACACAGUGCAGUGCGCCCUACCCAUAAACAUGUACCUGGAGAAGGCUUACGCUGCUCUGUGGUUCAUCUUUGUGAUCCUCGCACUGGCGACCCUCAUCAGCCUCAUCAAGUGGACAGUGGCGGAAGUCUUUACCUCAAGGAGGGAGGGAUUUCUGAACAAGUACCUCGAGAUGCUCCGACAGAUGGAUUUUGAAGUGGACGUCCGGUUGUUCCAGCACUUUGUGAGGCGCUAUCUGAGAGAUGAUGGCGUCUUCUUGAUGAGGAUAGUGACGAACAACGCUGGGGAGCUUCUUGCCUUUGAUAUCCUGAAGCUUCUUUGGGCAAAGUAUAAGAAGGAGCUGCACAAAUCAGAUGACGAUGAAGACCUUUUGUCAGAUUCCAAACCUCUUACCAACGGACCUGAAUAGUUCCUGGUUGUACUGAGUUGCAAUGCCUGAGUCAAUUUCCAGCGCCGACAAAUUGUUUUGACGUCCUUCAAAUACUAACGUUUUCGCCUUAACUCGUGUGGUGCUGGUAAAAAGUUAAUGAUUAUUUUUAAAGAUUUUGUAGAUUUGCUGUUUGCUAACACCUAACGUCUCCUUAGGUUGGGUUUGUAGUGAGAGAGUGAGUUUGUUUCAACAAAGCUUUGAACAGUAUUUCAGUUGUCAGCUUUGAAUGGAAGGAAAAACCUGAUAGAGAACAUAUAUGUCUCAGACAUUUGCCACUACGGGACCCCGUUCUGCACAGCAAUUGCAACUCCUGAGACGACAGGAACACCGUUGCUGCUACUUCCGUUUUGAUGAACUGAAGGAUGAACUGAUUGUCUCAAGGAUAUUGUGAUUUAGAAAUCUGGACAUUAUAUAAUCGAGAGAAUCCUCUGUAGAUUGAACAUGUUCAACAUAUAAUAAGCGAUAAAAAAACAAUUAUGAAAAGAUUUGACGAUUACAUGUAAGAAUAUAAAUUUACAUUAACGUUUGUAGAAAAUGAUAUUCGGCGAUUUUGUUUCGUUGAAGAGAACAUUAACACGAACACAAUUUUGAAAAUUUGUAAAAAGUAUAUAUUAGUUUGUAAACAAAGUAACUGGAGACAGUUCAAUAGCACGCCCUUUCAUAAUACAAUGAUAAUAAUUCCCAAAACAUGUGAUCCUCAAGAUGAUACAAUGUAUCAUAACUGUUAUUGCACACUUUGUAUGUCAUAUACUCAACAUAUUAUUGGACCCACAAAUUGACCGAUAUUUGCUAAUAUUUCCUACGAAUAUGGAAAGAGUUUUGUCGCUUGCUUUAAUCACGUGUGUUCAUUUGUUUCAGGACUGAAUAAAACAACAUUGUGCCUUUAA